GAUGUCAUAGUCAUAAUGUGGUAUAGACUCAACAGUUAGAAUGUGUCAGUGUGGUGAUGUCAUAAUGUGGUAUAGACUCAACAGUUAGAAUGUGUCAGUGUGGUGAUGUCAUAAUGUGGUAUAGACUCAACAGUUAGAAUGUGUCAGUGUGGUGAUGUCAUAAUGUGGUAUAGACUCAACAGUUGGAAUGUGUCAGUGUGGAGAUGUCAUAAUGCGGUAUAGACUCAACAGGUAGAAUGUGUGGUGUGGUGAUGUCAUAGUCAUAAUGUGGUAUAGACUCAACAGUUAGAAUGUGUCAGUGUGGUGAUGUCAUAGUCAUAAUGUGGUAUAGACUCAACAGUUAGAAUGUGUCAGUGUGGUGAUGUCAUAAUGUGGUAUAGACUCAACAGUUAGAAUGUGUCAGUGUGGUGAUGUCAUAAUGUGGUAUAGACUCAACAGUUAGAAUGUGUCAGUGUGGUGAUGUCAUAAUGUGGUACAGACUCAACAGUUAGAAUGUUUCAGUGUGGUGAUGUCAUAGUCAUAAUGUGGUACAGACUCAACAGUUAGAAUGUGUCAGUGUGGUGAUGUCAUAAUGUGGUAUAGACUCAACAGUUAGAAUGUGUCAGUGUGGUGAUGUCAUAAUGUGGUAUAGACUCAACAGGUAGAAUGUGUCAGUGUGGUGAUGUCAUAGUCAUAAUGUGGUACAGACUCAACAGGUAGAAUGUAUCAGUGUGGUGAUGUCAUAAUGUGGUACAGACUCAACAGGUAGAAUGUGUCAGUGUGGUGAUGUCAUAAUGUGGUAUAAACUCAACAGUUAUAAUGUGUCUGUGUGUGUCUUAAUAGUAACACUGUGUGUGUGUGCAGGUUUCCCUCCUCCCAGCGGCCCCCCUCCCUCUCUCAUCCCCACCUUGGACAGCAGUGGGCAUCCAGGUGGAUAUGAUGUUCGUCCUGUUCCACCAUACCCCUUCCCCACAGGUGGUUUCCCUCCUCCUAUGACAGGUGGCUACCCUCCUCCUAUGCCAGGUGUGGUGUCUCCAUGGCCUCCUAUGAUGGACCAGUCUAAACAGUGGGACUACUACCCUCCAGGACCGGGACCAGGACCAGGACCCAGACGGGAGGACAAGAGGGAGAAGGAGAGAGAGAGACCCAGGGAGAGACCACAUGAGAGGGAGAGAGAGCGAGAGCACAGCCCCUCCACUAUGGCUUACAACAGUGACGAGGAGCGGUACCGUGGUUACCGGGAGUACCAAGCGGAGCGUGGCUACAGCGGCGGUGACCGUGGAGGAGGUGACCGUGGAGGGGGGGAGCGUGGCGGCGUAGACCGCGGAGGUGACCGUGGAGGGGGGGAGCGUGGCGGUGACCGUGGGAGUGGUGGUGAGCGUGGUGGUGGAGGCGGCGAGCGCCACAGAGACAGGUCGAGCCGUGAGAAGGAGGAGAGACACAGAGAGAGAAGACACAGAGAGAAGGAGGAGGGGAGACACAAGUCAUCACGCAGUAGCAGCAGGAGGAGACAUGAUAGUGAAGAAGGAGACGGUCACAGGAGACACAAACACAAGAAGAGCAAGAGGAGCAAGGAGGGCAAGGAACCUAGUGAUGACAUGGGAGGAGACCAGGAGAACCAGGACACCAUGGAGUGAUGAAGAGAACACCCUCCUCUCCCUCUGUCCCUCUUCAUCUCUCUCUCUCUCUACAUGGGAGGAGACCAGGAGAACCAGGACACCAUGGAGUGAUGAAGAGAACACCCUCCUCUCCCUCUGUCCCUCUUCAUCUCUCUCUCUCUGUCUACGUGGGAGGAGACCAGGAGAACCAGGACACCAUGGAGUGAUGAAGAGAACACCCUCCUCUCCCUCUGUCCCUCUUCAUCUCUCUCUCUCUCUGUCUACGUGGGAGGAGACCAGGACACCAUGGAGUGAUGAAGAGAACACCUUCCUCUCCCUCUGUCCCUCUUCAUCUCUCUCUCUCUCUCUACAUGGGAGGAGACCAGGAGAACCAGGACACCAUGGAGUGAUGAAGAGAACACCCUCCUCUCCCUCUCCUCAUCUCUCUCCCUCUGUUUCCCUCUAUACGUCCCUCCAUCUUUCUCUCUCUCCUCUCUCCCUCAGAGCACUGUUGUAGUUGAUCAUGCUCAGAGAUCAUUGUUGUUUACCCGUUCCCUUCGUAGUCAUGAUGAUCAUAAACAACCCUCAUCUUCUGUCAUUUAUUUUCGUCCCUCUAUUUUCUUAACCAAACACCUCGCUGAAAGAUGUCAAUUUGUUGAAUUAAAAAACAAGCUUUUGAUAA